AUGCCUGGUGUUCCACCCGAUGCUCUUGAGCAGGUCAAGAAGGGCUUCAAACGAUUCUUCAGCCUUCGCAGGAAGGCUGCUAAAAAGACAAUCGAACAGAAGUCCGAACCGGUCCCUGCUGCGACUGCUGCGACUGCUACCCCCGUCGCUGCGGCGGCGGCCAGUGAGACGCCUGCCGCGAAACCCACCGCCCCCGCUGCAACCCCGGAGUCUGUGCCAGAUGCUGCUAAGGUGCCUGAGGCAAAGGGCGCAAGCACUGCGGAGCCCGUAGCCUCCCCUGAGAUGACGGCUACUGCCGGCCCGGUCGAGACUCAUCACGAACCUGAGGCUGCUGCUGCACCUGCAACUGCAACUGCAACUGUUGAGGCCCCUGUUGGUAAGCCCGAGGAGCCUGCUACUAAACCCGAGACCCCUGCUGCUGUGCCUGGGCCCACUGUCCAGCCUGAGCAGCCUGCCGUUAAGCCCGAGGAAUCUGCUGUGAAGACCGAGGGGCCUGCUGCCGAGGAACCUGCUGCUAAAGUUGAAGAGUCGGGUGCUAAGGCCGAGGCCGCUGCUGUUGCGCCCGAGGAAGCUGCCGCCAAGACUGAUGCGCCUGCUAAGUAG